AUGUGGCGUGAGUUUCGCCCUCCGAGUGGCGACCCGGCCAUCGCCGAGGCGCAGGAAGAGCGUGAGGAGGCGCCUUUUGCACGGCGCAGGGGCGGCUUUUUGUUCGGCGCGUGUUCAGGUGGCAAGCCACGGAGCGAGGUUGAAGCCGAGGUUGAGAAUCUGAAGGAGGCUGAAGAGCAACUCCAAAAGUGUAAGAAAGGGAAACAGGCCCGGGUUCAGCAAGCUGAGAAGGAGGCUGAAGAGCUGGCAGCGCCGCAAAAGCGUAAGCAGAAGAGGAAAAAGGGCGAAGCUGAGCAAGCUGAGAAGUGGGAGGAGCUGGCACCCAUAGAGGUGAAGAAGGAGAGCAGAAAGGAGGAGUGA